UCAACUCGCAGAUGCGAGGAGAGCUGAAAGGAUCGGCCAAAGAUCUGAAGAAAGCCAGCUGAGAAUCGGCAUCCGUCUCUGAAGCAAAGCAAUAAUUCAGGACGCAGUGGUGCUCUGCGCUGGCCUGACACCCAUGCGAAAGAAGACCCAUCAGCUCUAAUCUUCAAAGGAUUUAUAACCUCACCCAAAAUGAAGGCAUUCAGCAUUGCAGUUGCAGUGACACUCGUGCUCGCCUUUGUUUGCAUUGUGCAGAGCUCCGCCGUCCCGUUCACUGGGGUCGGAGAGCUGGAGGAGGCAGGGGGCAACGACACUCCAGUUGAGGCACAUCAAGAGGUGUCAAUGGAAUCGUGGAUGAUGCCAAAACAUGUCAGGGAAAAGCGCCAGAGUCACCUCUCCUUGUGUCGCUACUGCUGCAACUGCUGCAAGAACAAAGGCUGCGGUUUCUGCUGCAAGUUCUGAGGGUCACGAGCGACGACCACCACCUUCUAAUUUAUUGUUUUAUUUUUUCAAAGACCCCUCCUUUCAUUGCAUUUUAUAAAAUACAUUGGGUUUUUUUUAAGCAAAAUGAUUCCUGGAGCAGCAUAGACAAAUUAAGUAUGUUUUCUAUUUAUUUUGCAUACUCCAACUUUUUAACUUUUUAAAGGAGACACAUUUCUCACACUUAAGGAUCGUUUCCUUACUGAAAAUGAUUGUUUUGUGUUGAAUAAAAUACAUCUGAAUCAGCUGCCAAAAGA